AUGGAGCGCGAAAGGCAACGCGAGAAAGAGGAGAGGCAGAAGGCGGGGCUGGAUGCUGCCGAUAUUGAUACCGAUUACGAUGAGGAUUACAUGGGCGUGGAUUCGAUUAUUGAGAAAUUGGAUGAACAAAAGCUGAAAGAGGAGAGCUCGGAGCUGGACCGGUACGAGGAGGCUACUGACUGGGAUUCGGAUGAUGAUGAGAGGUUUUCGGCCGAUAAGAUGAAUAAGCAAGCUGAUCAGUUUGAAAAGAAGUUCAAGAGGCAUGAGGAGCUCCUUGAAAAGUUCACGAAAGCUGAAAAGAUGAGCAAUCUAUCGACGGCUGAUCAUUCAUCGGUGGUCAUCGACGUCAGAUCAUUCAUCGGUGGUCUCCAUAUGCGUGUUUUCACCCAUAGUGAUCAUUUAAAUGACAGGGUAUAUGCACUGGAGUUGUGA